AUGAGCACAGCGACGCUUCAGACGCCGCAGCAACAGCCGCCGCCCCAGCGAGCGGCAUCAGCUCAAGGCCAUAGACAGUACCUACGAACCAGCAACCCUCAAAACGCCCGAAGCGCCUCCCACCCGCAUCCCAGUCGUCAGUAUGAUAAGGACCAGAGCCAGAAACACGGCGAUCCGACCCCAGCCAGGGAAGAGGGGGAGGUCAUGUCUCCGGAGGAAGUCUCCAAGCUCCCAGAAGAGAAGAAGCUUGGCCAGUCAUCCCGCACUCUCAAAGUCACCGAUUUUGAGUUGAUGCGGACGCUUGGGACGGGUACCUUUGCUCGUGUCUGGCUGUGCCGGUUCGCCAAUCCUCACCCCCAAGACAGGGACAAGGUAUUCGCACUCAAGGUCUUGAAGAAGGUGGAUGUCAUCAAAUUGAAACAGGUCGAGCACGUUCGAAACGAGCGAGACGUCCUCGCUGCCGUCGCUGGACACCCUUUCAUUACCACCCUGAUUGCAUCAUUCUCAGACGAGACGUCACUGUAUAUGCUGCUGGACUAUACGCCUGGCGGAGAAAUCUUUUCGUAUCUUAGGCGUGCACGCCGCUUUCCCUUUUCCACCGUCCAGUUCUAUGCAGCCGAAAUCACCCUGAUAUUGGCUUACCUCCACGAGGUGCAAUUUGUGGCAUAUCGUGAUCUCAAGCCAGAAAAUAUCCUCCUUGAUGUCGACGGUCAUCUCAAACUUGUCGACUUUGGUUUCGCCAAAUACCUCCCACCUAGCCCGGAGCAGCACGGUGAGGACGGCCAGAGCCCUACUCUCGAAAAGCUGGGUACGGAGCACCCCGAACCCCAGGCGAACGGAGCGGGCGUCACAUACACCCUCUGCGGCACCCCCGAGUAUUUGGCACCUGAAGUAAUACGAAACACCGGUCAUGGGACCGCAGUGGACUGGUGGGCGCUGGGGAUUUUGGUCUACGAGAUGCUUAUCGGCCAACCGCCUUUUUGGGACCAAAAUCCAAUGCGCAUCUACGAGCAGAUUGUUGCCGGUCACAUUCGCUUCCCCACCGCACAUCCAUCUCAUUCCGGACACCGUCAUAGCCUUCACGUACCAAGGGCUGCACGGGACUUUAUUCUUGCACUGUGCAAGACGGAUCCCACACAACGACUUGGGCACAUUGCAGGGGGGAGCAAGAGAGUGAUGCAACACUAUUUCUUUGAUGGCAUUGAUUGGGACGAGAUAUACUACCGGAAGAGGAGGGGCCCAAUUAUACCCAGGGUAGAAUGGGCCGGUGAUGCCGGCAACUUCGAUGAAUAUCCCGACCCGGUUGAAGGAGAGGAGAGCGAAGGUGGAAGAGGGAGGUACACGGAUGAACUACGGACAGAGUGGGAAGACGCGUUCAAGGACUUUUAG